CCACCGAUUCAACCGUCUCGUCUCGAGCUCCGGUCAGUUACUACAAAAUGGCUGCAGAGGCUCCGCCGCCAACGAGAACCUCCUGAACGCUUCACGCUGUGAGAAGAAGCAAAAAACACGAGAAGAGAACCAUUUGAUGGAAGAUAAGAAAAAGAAAAAGCAAGAAGAGAAGAAAAAGAAAGAAGCUGCUCAGAAAAGGGCCACAGAACAGAUAACCAAAGUGCCAGACUCUGCCAAGCUCGACCCCACCCCUCCUCCUUCCCCCGUCAACCCCAGAGCCGUCCCGUCUGUACCCCCAAGCAGUGGCAAUGGCAAGCGCGCCCCCUCUGGAGGUCAGCCGCAGACAGCACAGCAGCCCCAGUCUCUGCUCCAGCAGCGCUACCCGCCAAGAGAGGUGCCCCCACGCUUCCGUCAGCAGGAGCACAAGCAGCUGUUGAAGAGGGGCCAGCCUCUACCCUCCGGGACCCUGCCUCUAACCACCACGGGACGUCCCGCCACUACUGAACCUGCAGCAGCAGUAGCCAUACACUCCUCUCCCUCCUGCUCCUCUUCCUCCACAGCCAGCCUGCCUACAGAACUGCCCCCACAGAGUGGCCAGGCAGCCCAGUAUGAUAAUCCCCUCUGGGGACACCUGCCAGCCAACAGGAGUGCCACAAGUGCUGCAUCUUCCACCAAUCUCAGUGGCUGGGAUCAACUGAUCAUUGACCAGAAAGACACAGAGGCUUGGCCUUCCAUUACCCUCAGCCAGAGCCAGGCCCCUCCAGGAGGAUGCCCUUUGGACACUGACCCUGGUCGCCUGACCAGCGGCAGCAGCAGCAGUAUUACUAGUAGUAGUUGUAGUACAGUGAGUAUGGCCACGGGGGCCAAUAGCCAGACAGGCCACUUCCCUGCCAACCACCUUAGCAGCAAGGCCAACAGUGGGCCCAGCCCUGCCAAUCAUACUGGAACCAGCAUGCUCUCCAGCCAGGUUCCAGCCAAUCGCAGCUGGGGCUCUGGGCCUGGACCCUCCCAUUGCACCCCUCAGUCCUCAGUGGGGAGUGAAGGGAAGAAUGAGAGCCCAGUGGGGGGAGGAGGCAGCAGGGGCUGGGGGUCUUCUUCUUCAUCCUCCACCACCAACUUUAACUUGAACCUAAACCCUAAUGCCAACCCGUCUGCCUGGCCCAUGUUGGGGCAUGAUGGGGGUGGCACAGGGGGAGGCAGCUCAGGGGGAGCCAACACCAUUUCACCUCCUCAACCUACACCCAACCUCUGUAAUCCGCCUGGCCCCCCACCAGCCCAGACCAGCACCUGUGCCGGAGCCAACACUAACAGCAACUCCUCGGGGAUUGGCAGCGCCUGGGGUAGCAUAAUGGCCUCUGACACGUCAGAGCCACACCCCUCCCCGUCCACGAAUGUGUCUUUCAGUUCAGAACCUCAGAACCUUAAAACUGAUGGACCAAAUCACACUAAUAAGCAGGAACCCCCCAGCCCCAUCCGCAACUUGCCUGGCUGGGGUAGUGCACCUGUAGGCUUGGGUUCCAUGGGCCCAACACCCCCAGGGGGCCCACAGGUCAAUGGAGAAGAUGGUAGCUCAGUAUGGGGUAAUAGUGGCGACUCAAAGGCACCUUCAUCUAAGGAGGCCUCCGGCUGGGACUCUGGCUGGGGCCGUGGAGGAGGUGGGGCAGGAAACUCUGGAGACUGGGGUGACCAGUCUGGUGGAAACUGGGGGAAGCAGCGCACUGAGGAGCCCCAAGGAGGCUGGGAUGCACCUAGCUCUCCUCCCCAGGAUCCACAGGCUAGUCCUUGGAGCAGAGCUGUGAGCACAGGAAGCAGUGACAGCAUGGAAGGACAUUCCCAGCAAAGAGAGCCCUCAUCCAGAGAUAAUCCAGCUCCUCUGUUGCCUGCCCAGGAUCUGGACCCCAGGGUGUUGUGUAACACUGGCUGGGGACAGACCCCUGUUCGCCAGCACACCACCUGGGACAUGGACAAUACUAAACGCAACAAUGAUGCAGCCGCUGAUUCAUGGGGCUCUGGCCCAAACACUCCAAGUGAUACCCAUGGGCCCUCCAACACUAACAUGGGGCCCUCUCAGAGGACUGACCCUGGGAGCAAAAAUGAUGUGCCUGGUUCUCAGGGAGCUUCAGGUUGGGGUGGAAGCAUAGCUGCUAACAACCAGCCAAGCUCUGGUUGGGGAGAUGCCCCCAACAACAUUAAGCCCCAAGGUGGCCCUGGUGGCUGGGGGAAUCCUCCAGCAGGAGGCACUACCACCACCACCAACUUAUCCAAGAAUGGGGGUCAAUCCUGGGGAGAGGAGAAGUCAACCGGGUGGGAUGAUUCUCGCAACAAGGCACCAUCCCAGGGCUGGGGAGAUCAACCCAAAGCAUCCCACAGCUGGGGCAAUAGUGGAGGGAGCAAUAAUGCUGGGGACUGGAGAGAACCCGAAGAGAGCAAAAAGAGUCCCAGCAACCCAGGGUGGGAGGGAGAACCAGGAGGCUGGAAGGAAAACCAACGAGGCUGGGGAAUGUCUUCUUCAGGACCUGGGAUACCUGCAGCUGGAGGAAAUGGUGGCUGGGGAGAGCCAGCUUGCCAGCGUCCCAGUGGUCCUCCACAGGGAUGGGGGGGCAAGCCUCAGGAUGGGCCCAGUGGAAGUAGUGGAGGAGGCAGCAUAGGCUCUUGGACUGGCCCCGGUCCAGUGAAGCAGGCUGGAGGCUGGACCGGCAGCAAGAAGGAGUCUUCAGCUGAGCCUACAGGCUGGGAAGAGCCCUCCCCACCUUCAAUCCGACGUAAGAUGGAGAUAGAUGACGGGACCGCAGCCUGGGGUGACCCUGGUACCUACAGCAAGUCAGUAAAUCUGUGGGACAGGAACAAUCCAGGAAUGUCCCAGGCUAAAGUUACCAGUGGAGGCAAUAACCCCCCAGGCCCCAACAACAACAACAACAACCAUCCCCACUCUCACAAUCACCCCUAUCACGGGCCACCUGCACCUUUACAGAACCACACCCAAAACUCCCAAAACCCAGGGCCCACCAGUGGACCCAUGGACCCUGUUGUCCAACAUCAAUCUGGGCCAUCACACAACAGGGGCCCCUUGAUAUCUCAAGGGUGGGGAGAGAUACCCAGCUCUCACAGCUCUCACAGCUCCCACAGCUCCCACACAAAAUCAGAGAGAGACAGCUCUUGGGGAGAAGCUACACCGGCUCCGGUCUCCGUCGACAAUGGGACGUCUGCCUGGGGCAAAUCUACCGGGAGCCAUGGGGGCUGGGGAGACAGCAACCCGGACAGCUACGGCAGGGGCAACCAGACAAUGACAUCUGCACCUUGCAAACCUGCCCCCAAACCUAUGCAAGACGGAUGGGGAGGUGGAGGUGAGGAGCUGAACUUGUCGGGGAGUCAGUGGGACGCCGAGGAGGGAGACAUGUGGAACAGCGCUGCCUCCCAGGAGAGCAACUCCUCCUGUAACUCUUGGGGCAAUGCAUCGAAAAAGGGCCCACAGAAGCUCUCCCAGGGGAAGGUCCCAGGGAAACAAGAAGAUGCCUGGAUCAUGAAUCGUCUCAUCAAACAGCUGACAGACAUGGGCUUCCCUAGGGAUCCAGCAGAGGAGGCUCUGAAGAGCAACAACAUGAGCCUGGACCAGGCCAUGAGUGCCCUGCUGGAGAAGAAGACGGAGCUGGACAAGCGGGGCAUGGGGAUGGGCGGCCACGACUACAACAACGGACUCAUCAACAAACCUAUGAGCUGCCCUCGGCCUCCGCUGCUUUCCAAAGACCCCUCGGCAGACCCCCGCCUGCCCUUCAUGGAUAAGCAGAUGCAGAGUGGAAUGUUUGGCGGUGGUGGAGCAGCACAAGCCCGGGCCAUGCAGCAGCCGCAGCCGCCUCCUCACCCGUCAGUGCCGCCUCUCAGUUCCUCUCAGCCUAGUCUACGGGCUCAAGUGCCUCAGUUUCUCUCCCCUCAGGUUCAAGCACAGCUCUUACAGUUUGCAGCAAAAAACAUUGGUCUGAAUCCUGCACUUUUAACCUCACCAAUAAACCCUCAACAUAUGACCCUUCUGAAUCAACUUUACCAGCUGCAACUGGCAUACCAGCGUUUACAAAUUCAGCAGCAGAUGUUGCAGGCGCAGCGCAACGUUUCUGGCCCCAUUCGACAACAAGAGCAGCAAGUUGCACGUACAAUCAAUAACAUGCAGCAGCAGAUCCAACAGCACCAGCGUCAGCUGGCCCAGGCCCUGCUGAUGAAGCAGCAGCAACAGCAGCCACCCCCCUCCCACUCAGGCCUGCAUCCUGGCGGGGCCAAAUCCAGCCUGGAUUCAUUUCCAGGUCACCCCCAGGCUCCAGGCCUCCCUGACCUGCAGACCAAAGAGCCGCAGUCAUCUCCCAACACCUACAGCCCCUACUCUCUCUCUGGACUGAAUCCAAACAUGAAUGUAAACUGCAUGGAGGUGGGAGGUCUGUCUAUGAAGGAACCCCCCCAGCCUCAAUCGCGCCUCUCACAGUGGACGCAUCCCAACUCCAUCGAAAGCCUCUCUGGAAGCUCCUCUCCUCUGGAGCCCAACCUGGGCAAGCAUGGUGCCAAUCUGGGCCCCCCUGGUAAGCCCCCUCAGCUGGAGGACUCUUACAGCCCCUACAACCUGAUGUCCAGCUCAGAGUCUCCUACCAGCCCCCUGGUCCCCCCAGACAGCUGGGGGCAGGGCAAGAGCACCAGUGACAAGAUGGCCAAUGGGACCAAUAUCAACUGGCCACCAGAGUUCUGCCCCGGUGUGCCCUGGAAGGGCCUCCAGAACAUCGACCCAGAGACCGACCCUAACGUGACCCCCGGCAGCGUCCCCAGCGGGCCCACCAUCAACACCAACAUCCAAGAUGUCAACCGCUACCUGCUGCGGGACCGGAGUGGAGGUAAACUGUCGGAGAUGAAAUCCACUUGGUCUCCAGGUCCCAUUUCUCACAGCCAGGCGUCUCUGUCCCACGAGCUGUGGAAGGUCCCCCAGGGCCCCCGGAGCAGCAACACGGCCCCUUCCCGCCCCCCACCAGGCCUCACCAACACCAAGCCUUCUUCAACCUGGGGGGGCAGCUCCCUGGGUCUGGCCCAGGGCUGGAGCAGCUCUUACACCACAGCAGGUACCACGUGGAGUACAGACAGCUCCACCAGGACCAGUAGCUGGCUGGUUCUGAGGAACCUCACUCCACAGAUUGACGGUUCAACUCUGCGUACACUGUGCAUGCAACAUGGCCCCCUCAUCACAUUCCACCUCAACCUGACACAGGGCAACGCUGUGGUGCGCUACAGCUCCAAGGAUGAAGCUGCCAAGGCUCAGAAGUCCCUGCACAUGUGCGUGCUCGGGAACACCACCAUCCUGGCAGAGUUUGCCGGGGAAGAGGAAGUGAACCGCUUCUUUGCACAGGGCCAGUCGCUCGGAGGAACAACCAGCUGGCAGGCCAGUCCAGGCACCAAUCAGACCAGAAUGGGCGGGAGCGGAUCCGGAGCCUCCCACCCCAUCGGUCACUCCCCCCACUGGAACAACAACAACAACGGCAGCAGCAGCAGCAGCAGUAGCGCGUCCCUGGGAACGGGCGGAGCAAAGACGGGCGGAGAGCUGCUGUGGGGCGGCGUGCAGCAGUAUUCCAGCCUGUGGGGACCCCCCAGUGGAGAGGAAGGACGGGUGAUGGGGAGCCCCACCCCAAUCAAUACGCUGUUGCCUGGGGACCUGCUGAGUGGGGAGUCCAUGUAGGACCGAAGAGCCAAGGCGUAACCAACAGCAACAGGAGCAAAAAUCUUGCAAAUCAUUGUGGAGAUAAUCAGUGUGGCUGUGACAGUGAAAAGGAGAGACGAGAGGAGGGCGGGGCCACAUCCUCGCUGCUCACCCUCGCCAACCUCCUCUACUCCUUUUUUUUUUUUUUUUUUUUUUAAAGACAUUUCAAUUGCAGUUUAUUUUUGUGAAUCUCAGUGAGAGAUUCUGGUCACAGUGUUUUACUUUUGGAGUCACAGGAAGAAGUCUUUCAUUCAACAAAGGAAGAGAACUUUUUACAGAAAUGUACUUUUUGGGAACUCGCCGUGUGAAACAUCUACUUUAGCUCAAACUGACACACAACGACGAGCUGCCAUCUUUAAACUUAAAGCGUAAAUCUCUCUCUUGCCUGUUCAGGCAAUCAUACUGCACCUCAGAGAUCCAUGAAAAGGCAUCAUUCCCAAAGUAAAAACCCUUCAAUCAGAGUGGUUGUCGAACUUUCAGCUGGUCCAGACUCAACAUUUGUUUCUCUCAGCACUAAUAUUAGCCUUAACCUCUUUCCUGCCCUGCUAUCCUCACUCACUCUGUACUUGGUGAAGAAGCAUACGGACACUUGCACACCCUUAUUUCUGAGCCAGUGAGUGGAGAGUACAUGCUGCUGCGGCUCAACGUAAGCAACCACAGCUCACAACUUCAGUGCAUUUUGUGCAAGCAGAUCAAGUUCCCCACACAACGCUCAAAGGGAAUGAUGCAACUCUGUUCGCCGUGUUCAAGCCAUUUAUUUUUGUAGUGUUUAUUUUUCUUCUUCCUUUUUAAAACCAUUGCAAACAAAGCUAAGAAAUGAUAUUAUUCAAAUGUGUCUGUCAAUCUUACCCGGCGGCGGGGGGGAGGGAGGGGGGGUCGUCACCAUGUACAGUGAUGGACGACAAGAAAAAUGAACCACUGCUAUUACUAAGGAACUGUAAAAGACAAACACUUCGAUGCACCUCAACUCGUCUGCGGGCAAAAACUCGCAGCUCAGUCUCAGUCUCGGACCCUCUCACUGAUGCUGUGGAAAACCUCAAGUCGUAAAUGUUUCCCACUGGCGUGUGUCUUUUCCCACCAUUUCAAGUGACGUGCAAUAUAAGCCACAGACUCUACCGUCCAAGCACCCUACCACCACCUCUCUCACAGACAGACAGACAGACAGAGAGGAGACUGUAAGGAAUGAUUGAACUGCAAAAACGCUAUCUUCCCCCGCAAAACCCCCUCCUCCCCCACCCCGAAAACUGCCACUACGACCCUUCAUCUCCCCCCUUCAAGAGUGUGUGAGCUCAGGAGAGGAGCGAGCUGGUCUUCAACCACCUUCUGUCCAAGAGGAAAAGGACACAAAGCACUUCUUCUGCCAGCCUACUCUCCACACUUAUGCCAGUGACUCGUUUUGGGGGAGAAGGAGGGACAGGUGUGUGUGUGCGUGUGUGUGUUUCUGUGUAUGUAUGUGUGUGUUUGUGUGCUUGGGGAGAAGGCAUCAAACCAAAAUGAGAGGAGCCUGUUUUUCCUUUUUUUACCCAGAAGACCAGAUGACCUUUGUUUUUUUUUUUUCUUUUUUGCCCAAAUUUGGUAGAAAAGUUUGAAGCAAAGCUUUUGUGGAUAGGCGGUCUAUCAUAUAGCACUUAGCAAGAGCGUCGCAGCUCGUUAUACCCUUAAUGCCAACGAAUAGAAGAAAGGAGAAGCAACACUGGCAAAUAAAAAAAACAAACUGAUAAAACAAAGACAAAAAAGCAAUCUGCUUAGUGGCUUCUCUAUAUACUUAUUUUUUACCUUGACAUGGAUGUGAAGAUUUUUUUUUUUUUUUUUUUUUUUCAAUCCUUCUUCCCUCAAGUCGGUGGGACCAGGAAGGAUGUCAAACAUGGUAGCAAAGUGAAGGGAAAUACAAAGAACUCAACUGACGAUGGGUGCAGCAGGGAAAGAGCCCGAAGCACUCGCCCUCUUUUAUCAAAGUAAAUAUCACUGUUACAUCUUUAGCCUUGGUGUCUGGACACUCGACGUGUUUAUGUUCUACUGGAUCCAGCAGGGAGGAUCGCCAUCUUCUUCGUCCUUUUUUUU